UGUCAAAUGACCAAAACGCCUUCCCUCGUUCUUUUCUUCCCUUUCUGCCCGAUCUUCAGCUUGUCAAGCUCAACUCUCGGAGCUCUGGCUCUAAACCAUGAUUUCCAUGGCUUCUCUCAUCAUUCUCCGUAGAAAGUUCACUACUAGACCCUUCAAUGUCCGCGCUCGAGCGUUCUGCCAGCUGUCCUCAGCAGGGGAGAAAGCCGCUCAACAGCAGAUUGAGAAAAUUCUGAUAGCCAACAGAGGCGAAAUUGCUUGCAGGAUCAUGAGGACUGCGAAGAGGCUUGGCAUUCGGACUGUUGCUAUUUACAGUGACGCUGAUAAGGACUCGCUCCACGUCCGAUCUGCCGAUGAAGCCAUACGGAUUGGCCCACCCCCGGCUCGGUUCAGUUACUUGAAUGGACUCUCCAUUGUUGAUGCUGCCAUACGUACUGGUGCUCAGGCUAUCCACCCUGGAUAUGGUUUCCUAUCCGAAAGUGCUGAUUUUGCCCAGCUAUGCGAAGAUAAGGGUGUUACGUUUAUUGGCCCUCCAGCAUCUGCCAUCCGGGAUAUGGGUGACAAAAGUGCAUCAAAGAGGAUAAUGGGGGCAGCAGGGGUACCACUUGUUCCCGGAUAUCAUGGAAAUGAACAAGAUAUUGAUAAAAUGAAGUUGGAAGCUGACAAAAUUGGGUAUCCUAUCUUAAUAAAGCCAACCCAUGGAGGCGGAGGAAAGGGCAUGAGGAUUGUGCACACUCCAAAUGAAUUUGUUGAGUCCUUCUUAGCUGCGCAGCGUGAAGCAGCUGCUUCCUUUGGCAUAAACACAAUACUGUUGGAGAAGUACAUCACACGGCCAAGGCACAUAGAAGUCCAGAUUUUUGGGGAUAAGCAUGGGAAUAUUCUGCAUUUGUAUGAGAGAGAUUGUAGUGUGCAGAGAAGACACCAGAAAAUAAUUGAAGAAGCCCCAGCUCCAGAUGUAUCUACUGAUUUUCGCAUACACUUGGGUCAAGCUGCUGUCUCUGCAGCAAAGGCAGUUAAUUAUUACAAUGCUGGGACAGUGGAGUUUAUAGUUGAUACAAGCUCUGGCCAGUUUUACUUUAUGGAGAUGAAUACUCGUCUUCAGGUUGAGCAUCCAGUCACAGAGAUGAUUGUUGGUCAAGACCUUGUAGAAUGGCAAAUCCAUGUCGCCAAUGGUGAAGUUCUUCCAUUAAGUCAGUCACAAGUGCCCUUACUAGGUCAUUCUUUUGAAGCUCGCAUAUAUGCAGAAAAUGUUCCGAAGGGGUUUCUUCCAGCAACUGGAGUUCUUCAUCAUUAUCAUCAUAAUCCAGUCUCCUCCACAGUUCGAGUGGAGACUGGAGUCAAGGAAGGCGACACUGUCAGCAUGCACUAUGAUCCCAUGAUCGCCAAGCUUGUAGUGUGGGGUGAGAAUCGUGCUGCAGCUUUGGUCAAACUGAGGGAUUGUUUGUCAAAAUUUCAGGUUUCAGGGCUACCAACCAAUGUCAACUUCCUUCAAAAGCUCGCCUGCCACCAGGCUUUUGAAAGUGGCAAGGUGGAGACUCAUUUUAUUGAUAAGUACAAAGAUGAUCUUUUUGUUGAUCCCGGGAACUCUGUUUUAGCAAAAGAAGCAUACGAAGCUGCCAGACUUAGUGCAUCCCUGGCUGCUGCAUGUCUCAUUGCAAAAGAGCAUUUCAUGUUGACAAGGAAUCCCCCUGGGAAUGGCGGCUUACACCCUAUAUGGUAUGCCUAUCCGCCUUUCAGAGUCAAUCAUCAAGUUAAGCGUAGUAUGGAACUUGAGUGGGAUAAUGAUUAUGAUAGCUGUAGCUCCAAGCUCUUGAAGCUUACCGUCACUUGUCAACUUGAUGGCAGAUGCCUGAUAGAGACAGAAGAAGACGGAUCUCCUGCUUUAGAAGUCAAAGCAACAUAUUUAAGAGACCAUUAUUUUAGAGUUGAAGCCGAUGGUGUAAACAAAGAAGUUAAUCUAGCUGUCUACUUAAAGGAUCACAUGAGGCAUAUUCAUGUGUGGCAAGGGUCUUAUCAUCAUUAUUUCAGAGAAAAAAUAGGGCUCGAGUUGUCUGAGGAUGAAGAAUCCCAACAUAAGCCCAAAUAUGAAGCAGCAGCCCACCCUCGGGGUACUGUAGUGGCCCCCAUGGCUGGCUUGGUGGUUAAAGUUAUGGUGAAGAACAAGACAAAAGUAGAGGAGGGGCAGCCUGUAUUAGUUUUAGAAGCAAUGAAGAUGGAGCAUGUCGUAAAGGCACCAUCAUCUGGCUACGUGAAUGGGCUUCGAGUUACGGCUGGUGAACAGGUUUCUGAUGGCAGUAUUCUUUUCAAUGUAAAGGAUGAAUAAAUCGAUACACAGAAAACUGGUUCCAAGUCCAACCAGGCAUUUGUUAAGGGAGGCUUCUCUCUGGAUAAUUGAGAGCGAAGUAAUUAUAUGGCUUUCACAAUGCCUGUUAUAUGCCGAUGAAUUUGAUUCCAACAGAAUGGGAAAAGUCGUUGUCCACCGUGUCGAAUGCUUGUUCCGCAGUCCGCGAGUUACAAAAUGGGUAUAUGUAUGUACUAUUACAGGCAGUCCCUCAAUGCAUUAAUAAUAAAAGUUAAAAAUAACUUGAACGGAAGUAUGCAUCGUCUGCAGCAGUGCUGCUACGUUUUUAAGCUGGAGUAAUAUUUAUUGC